AUAUUCCACAUAAAAUCUGUCAUACAGUUUAGAAACAAUAUGAGGUAAGCAUUUGUAGUUAAAUUACUACAUAUGUAUUUAAUUCGCGUGUACAGAACAUCAAAAACAGACUGAGGAAACAAUCGCUGCAACGCACAGGCCGGUGUUGUGUCGAAUUAUGUGACCGUAGCAGGCGUUGUAUUGAGCCAAUCCUAAUCCUACCAUCAGUACAUUAUGGCCCAGUUUCACAGACAGGGCUUAGCCUAAACCAGGAUUGAACCUUAGUUCAAUUAGGGCAUUUAAGUAGCUUUUAUAAACGUUCAUUAGAAAAAAGCAUUACUGGUGUGCAUCUUGAGACAAAACAAUGGCACUGACAUGUUUUAAGAUAUGUCAGUACAAGUUAGUUUCAGUUACAACAGCUCAAACAUGCAUUUUAGUCUAGGACUAGCUUUAGCCUUGUCUGAAACCGGGGGUAUGUGUAUGAUCACAUAAUUCGGUAUAACACCGGGUUUCAUCCGUGUGAAUGCACUGACCAUGAAGGCGUUUGUGUUGCACGCUCAGCAACAGAAAAAUAUCACUCCGCUCGGCUGCUGCCCUGUCAUUUUCGCUCGGUGUUCUGUUGCUGUAACAUAUUCUUACAGAAAGGCAACUCUUAUAGCAACAAUCAGAAAGAUUUAUCAUCUUCACUUUAUGUGAACAAGUAAUUAGUCUCCCUUAAUGUCUGUUGACACCAGUGUUGGGGAAAGUUAAUUAAAAGUAAUGCAUUACAAUAUUUCGUUACUCCCUAAGAAGUAACUAAUUGCGCUAUUUAGUUUUUAUGAAAAGUAAUGCGUUGCAUUACUUUUUCACACCUGGGCUGGGCUGGGCUGGCUUGUGUUUUAAUAACAUCAAAAAAAAAAAAAUCUAUUUUUGGCAAAUGUUAAAUCCCUUUCACACCAAAAGUGAAAUGAAUAAGCCUCAGGCUGAAGGAAAUGCAUAUUUACACCUGUACAGUGGAGGGUUCAGCUCAAACAAACCUUUCAGCUGUGCUGCCAUUCUGGAUUAAAGAAGAAUAGGAUACAUGAGGAGGAAGAUCAACACUAUUAUUUCUAAAUCUAAUCUAAAGUAAUUUUUGCUUAUUAGUAUAGUUGAAUUAGAUCAUUGAAGGUCAGCAGCAAAGACAUUGGUUAAUAAAGUGAGAUUAAAUACAUAAAGUAUAUUUGUGUCAUAUAAUAUAGUUAAUUAUUACAGGUUUGUGUAAAUUUUUUUUGUUUUUAUUCAUUUUGAGGAAUACUGAAUGUUUUCGUGAAAGUGAGAUGAGUAAAUGUAUGUUCACAUUGAGUCUAGAACUACAAUAACCAUCAUGUUCACACAGCACACACAACACCUCUGCACUUUAUUUCUCUCAACAUGGGGACAGGAGAGCUGUCAUUCAAUAAAUGUGAAAAAGUAACAUGUUUUGUUGUAAAUUUAAAAGUAUGCAUUACUUCACUAGUUACUUGAAAAAGUAAUCUGAUUAUGUAACUCAAGUUACUUGUAAUGCCUUACCCCCAAUACUGGUUGACACAAGCUCGCGAAAUUUCUCAACAAAGUAGUUUUUCACCCGUUCUUCACUAAGUAGAGUGGGGCCCCAAUAUAGGGCACGUUGUUGGCCCACAGUAUGGCCCACACUGGGCUGGGUGUGGGCUAUCCCACUGGAGCUCAAAGCCCACAGAUACAGCAUAUCACAUGUGCAUAUAUAUAUAUAUAUAUAUGUAUGUCCCAUGUAAACACAUGGGUCCUGCUCUAAUCCCCUGAAUUAAAGGAAUGUCCACUAUUAAAGAAAUACCGUUUAUGAGUGCCUCAGUUUUAAAAACCGUACUAUCCAAUAUAUAUGAUCUUAUCUAAUCGCGUUUAUAGCCUUGUUAUUGUAAACCAAGUUCAUUUUAUGCUGUUCCCAGCGACCUAAAAUUACUGACACUACAAACCCAACUCAUCCGGUUCAUCCGGUUAGUGCAACAGGUGGAGUUUGGUAAGUAUGGAAACCCCAGAACAGCUGUUUGGAUAUUGUUGAUUGUUACUUUAGUACUCUUAUAUGUUGUAUAUUUCACGCUGAAAAUGUCAGAGUUAUUGCUGAUCGCGGGUGUUGUGAUUGGGGUGCUGAUAAUAUUUCGUACGUAUGUAAAUGGCGCGCGAUGCAAAAGCAAAGAAAAACUGCAUGGCAAGACGGUCAUCGUUACAGGUAGUAACACGGGCAUCGGUAGAGCAACAGCGGUGGAUUUAGCGCGGAGAGGCGCGAGAGUCAUUCUGGCCUGCCGUAACCAAGUACGCGGCGAGGCUGCUGCUGCUGUUGUGCAAAGAGAGAGUGAGAGUAAAAAUGUGGUGUACAUGCAGCUGGAUUUGGCCAGUUUGAAAUCAGUGCGCUCCUUUGCAGAAACUUUUCUCAAGACCGAGAGAAGACUGGAUAUUCUCAUCAACAAUGCAGGAGUUUAUAUGCAGGGCACUACUGAAGAUGGUCUUGGGCUUAUGUUUGGCGUCAAUCACCUUGGUCACUUCCUCCUGACUAACCUGCUGCUGGACAGAUUGAAACAAUGUGCACCAAGCCGCAUUGUCACGGUAUCCUCAUAUUUACAUAAUUAUGGUAACCUUGACUUUGACACUCUUCGCACACACAAGGAGUUUGGAGUAGGUGAGUCUUAUGGGGAUGUCUUAAGGAUAUAUUCCCACAGCAAACUGUGCAAUGUGCUCUUCACACAUGAGCUCGCGAAGAGGCUUCAAGGAACCCACGUGACCUGUUACAGCCUCCACCCAGGUGUUAUAAACUCCGAUUUGACCCGUAAUAUGAAUAAAACAUCUAGGAGGCUAUUGAAACCCAUCGCAGCUCUGUUCUUUAAGGAUGUAGAGGCUGGUGCCCAGACAACUCUAUACUGUGCCGUGCAGGAGGGCAUUGAAUCCCUGAGUGGCAGGUAUUUCUCCAACUGUGCUCUGCAGAAAGUGAAAGCCAACGCUCAGGACGAUGCUGUGGCCAAAAAACUAUGGGAAGUGAGUGAGACAUUAAGUGGUCUGUCCUGAAACCACUCAGAGACUUACAUGCAGUAUAUGUUGUACUCACUACACACAAGUGUGGUAACAUAAAUUAUAAUUUUGAGCUAUUAUAAUCAUCCGUUUUACAGAUUUAUGAAAGGAACAUGAGAACUACAGUACUGUGCAAAAGUCUUACGCCACCAUUAGAUGUUGUUUUAGCAAUGGUAUAAUGACCAUACAUAACUAUUUAUCAGUCUCUUUAUUAGAAUAUAACCAGAAAAUACAGGAAAUUUGUUAUUAUUGAAAAACUGAAAAACUGGCAUUAUUGAAAAACUGAAAAAAUCAGGGAAAAAAAAGGACUUCUAUAGGUAUUCUAUAAGUAUUUAGUGACCUCCCCUUACACUUGAGCAAUAGCAGGAAACUGACUCUCUUAAACAUAAAUGGAAUGGAAAAGGACUGGAAGGCCAAGAAAACUUUCAAAAUCUGAUGAGAUUUUCUUUGAGAAACGGGGUCACACUAAAUACUGAUUUUUGCUUAAAGAGGCCAUUUGUUCUCUCUCUCUCUCUCUCUCUAUAUAUAUAUGUGUGUGUGUGUGUGUGUGUGUACAUUUCCUGUAUUUUCAGUUUGUAUCGUAAUAAAAACCAAUAAAUAAAUAUGGAUGAUCAUUAAAACCUUGCUAAAACAACAAAGCUGGUGGUGGCAUUUUGCACAGUACUGUAUAUCUCACGUUAAAUUGGGCUUAGCUUGUAGUACCUGACUUUGUUUUAAACAUGAUCAUGUGUUUACAUUGUUGUGAUUUUCACUUGGAAUAAAACAUUUUAUUUGGGCAGAUUGCAUUGUUAUUAUUAUAGUUAAUGUGAUGCUUGUUACCUGCAGAGAUCCAUUACCAUAGAAAGGAAGCUUUGUGAAAUACAGAUAUACGAUCGUAAAAUGAUCAUUAGGGUGCUUCUUUGGAAUAGUUUGUAUAAAUGACUACCUGACAGAUAGCACUGAAAUAGGUGUCUUGAGCAAUCACACCUGUCUCUGUGACAGAUGUAGACAUUGUAAGCGGCAAAAAAAAAAAAAAAAUCAGAAA